AUGGGAAUCAGUAAAAUGGAAGUUAACCUAAGGAGGUUGCUUGCAGCUGCACCUCAGCAACAAAACCAGGCGAAACUCGUUCAUUAUGUAGCUAUCUUGCGGGAACAAUUCAAACAAUUGGCUGAAGAGAAGACACCAGAAGGCUUACCAAAAAUUUCAAAGGCUACAAUAAAUGAGUAUUUAGAGAAGAUUGAGGCCAAUGCAUCCAAAUUGGUUAAUUUUGAGUAUUUCUUUGAAUGGACCAAUGUUAAAGAAAACUACUCUGAAAUAGAGGCAAAAAAGCAAAUUCCUCUUUCUCCUCUUUCUUUUGGAUUAAGAAGAAGAUCUGUACCUGUCCCAAGUUUUGAAGAUAGACUAUAUGAACCUGCUGAGACUGGUCACUCGCUCAUGCACACAUUGAAAAGCACAGAUUAUAAUUUAAAACUUGUUAUGUUGGAUUUUGGUAUUGCGAUAGUUGUGCUGGCAAAGCAACUCAAAGAGAGUAGCCUCAUGAUGAAUCAAUCUCUGCAAAAUACUGAAAAGGUCUAA